AUGGCUUUCGGCAUGGAGCAGGUGGCUGGGUUUGCAGCAGAUAUGCAGUGCAUCUCAUCUAUGUGGUUCCGCAAGAUCCAGGGGGGCACCCACAAGGAGCGCCUGGAGAGCUUCUAUGGGCCUCAAGCGCACGCCUAUGACCGCUUCCGCGCCAACUUCCUGCACGGCCGCAAAGGCAUGCUGGCGGCGUGCGCUGCGCGGCUGCGGGGAGCGUCGGGGCUGGUGUGGGUGGACCUGGGCGGGGGCACCGCGGAGAAUGUGGACCUUAUGGCGCAGUACCUGGACCUGGCCGCCUUCCAGCGCAUCUACGUUGUGGACAUCUGUCCGUCGCUGUGCGCCGUUGCACGCGAGAAGGUGGCGGCACGCGGGUGGCACAACGUGGAGGUUGUGGAGGCAGAUGCGUGCACCUUCCGAGCCCCUGACGCUGCACAGCUCAUUACCUUCUCCUACUCCCUUACCAUGAUCCCACCGUUCAUGGCGGCGGUGGACAAUGCGGUGGCGGGCCUGGCGCCGGACGGCAUCGUGGGUGUGGCCGACUUCUACACCUCCGCCAAGUACGACACGCCUAACCGGCAGCAUCCGUUUGCGCGGCGCUGGUUCUGGAAGGCUGUGUUUGACUGCGACGGCAUCGACCUGUCCCCCGAGCGGCGGCACUACCUGGAGCACAGCAUGGAGCCGGUGUACGAGUACAACAGCAGCGGGCGCAUCCCGUACGUGCCGUACCUGCGCGCCCCGUACUACAUCUGGGUCGGCCGCCACAAGAAGCUGCAAGUGGUGAACCUGACGCGCUUCCCGGUGCGCGCCACGGAUGACAUUGAGUGCCGGCGCCCCAAGGGCUUCCCCCCCACCUUUUUGUACAGCCUGUCCUGGGAGGACCCGCGCGAGGACGCCAAGGUGCUGGACAUCAACCCCAACGACACCGUGCUCACCCUCACCUCCGGCGGCUGCAACGCGCUUGACAUCAUCCUGCAGGGCGCGCGGUGCGUGGUGGGCGUGGACAUGAACCCGGCGCAGAGCUACCUGCUGGAGCUGAAGCGCGUGGCCGUCAUCCGGCUGCCGUUUGAGGACGUGUGGAAGAUCUUUGGGGAGGGCCGCCACGAGCGCUUUGAGGAGCUGCUGCAGCGCGAGCUGGGGCCCUUCCUCAGCCAGGGCGCACUCAAGUUCUGGCGCAAGAAGGCGUACUACUUCAAGGACGGCAUGUACUACCAUGGGGGCAUGGGCCGCCUGGUGAAGGCCGUCAAGGUGCUGGCCAAGAUCACGCGCAAGGAGGACUGGGUCGACUCCCUGGUCAACGCGCCCACCGUGGAACAGCAGCACGAACUCUGGACUGCCACCGCGGGGCAGUGGCUGAUGCGCGCGGGCGUCAUGGCGCGCGCGCUGGGCUUCCUGGUGACGAAUCGCGUGACCAUGUGGUUCUGCGCGGGCGUGUGCAAGAGCCAGAUGGCGCUCAUCAAGAACGAGGACAACAUCUACAGCUACAUCGUGCGCUGCCUGGACAACGUGGCCAAGUACUCCAACCUGCGCGACUCCAACUACUUCUACCGCCUCUGCCUCACCGGCCGCUUUGCGCGCCACUGCUGCCCGCGCUUCCUGGAGGAGGACUGCUUUGCGCGCCUCAAGCACGAGCUGGCCGCGGGCGAGCGGCUGCUCAUCCGCACCGACAGCUUCGUGAGCCAGCUGUGCGCGCGCCAGUACACCAAGGUCAUCCUCAUGGACCACGUCGACUGGCUGGACCAGCCCGACAUCGACACCCUCGCCGCCGCGCUCAAGGCGCAGGUGCGCCCCGGCGGCCGCGUCAUCUGGAGGAGCGCCUCCAAGCAGCCCCACUACGCGCGCGCCAUCGAGGCAGCCGGCUUCAAGGUGAUCCGCGUGCGCUGCAGCGACCAGUACAUGGACCGGGUCAACAUGUACGCGAGCUUCUACGUGGGCAUCCGGCACGGUGGCCCCGCCAUCAAGCAGCUGGUACAGGAGGAGAAGCUGGACAAGCCGCUGCGCUUCCGCGGCGCGCCCCCCGCCAAGCAGAACGGGCCCACCCCGGUGGCCGCAGCCUGA